GAUGGGAUGCUGACUAUGGUCAUCAAAUACUGCCAGUCCUGUGUGCCUUGCUAGGAGAGGUCAGCGCAAAGGCCUGGGGAGCCCCUACACCCAAGGUUGGAGAGGGAAGUGGGUGCGGUCGUACACCUGGACCUGUUAUUCAUGCCAGCAGGGGAGAAUGGGCGUAACUACAUCUUCGAUGCACGGGAUAACCUUAUUGGGUUUGCGGAUGGUCGAGCUAUUCGGACGAAGACUGACCCAGUUUUGGCAAAUUGCAUCGAGGAGUACUACAUGCGCUAUCCUUUUGUCAAGGAGUUCGUGAUGGACAGAGGAUCGGAGUUUACCUGCAAUGAGGUGCGAACCCUGCUUACAGGGUAUGGCGUAGUGGCUAACUAUACUACGGCCGCGGAUCCUCAAGCGAAUGCACCUUUGGAGAGAGGGCACAGUACCAUCACGAAUCUCUUGGCUAAGUGGACAGAGGGCAAGCCUGGUCAGUGGCCGAAGUUCUUACGAGCGACUUUCUUCGUAGAGAAUAUUACUGUGAAGAGGACUACCAAGUCUGACUUUUCGAAGACAGCCAUGCAGAAGGGCGGGAGGGGCGUGCGGCCACGACAGAGGCCUCAAGGAGCAUCAGGAAGGGAGGACUCACGCAGACCGUUUGGGAGGGAGUCUACGCCUAUCUUCAACGAUGAUAACAUAGAGCUCUUUCUGGACUCCUACCAGGCGCAUGCGGCGCGGGAGGGCUGGUCUACCUUGGAGAGGAUACGACACCUGAAAGGAGUUGGGCGCUUUGAGGAGCCUAUUGCGCACAUCCGGGAGGAGGCUUUGACCUGGCAGGAUGUGGAGACGAGGAUGCAGAGGCUGAGGGCUUCGCCACUGGGACCGGAUGGGCUGCCUAUUCGGUUGGAGGAAGGUAAUGCGGAGGAGUUCAUCCCGGCCUAUGAGCAUGAUCUACGGGGCCCGUCGCCGACAUUACCAGAGGAGGGUAAGGUUUUGCCAUUGAGGACCCCGCUCGACAGUCUAGAGGCCCAUCUCGAUGCGUCCCAGUGGGGGGCGUCACAGUCGGAAGUGGACCAAGGCGGACCAGCAUGGUAUGAGCCAGUCGAGGAUGAGCCGGAGGAGGAGCCGCCAGAGCCGGGGCCUGAGGUGGGGCCUCGUGGACCCGAGGGGCCGCAGACUGAGGGGGUUAUCAUUGUCGGGGACGAUACCCCUCCCCCUGCCCCGAUUCUGGAGCAGGCGCGACAGUAUUGGCCUCAGGGAAUUCAUGAGUCGGACAGCAAGGUGAUGUUGGGGCCUCCAUCGAAAGCUACUACGCCACCUUCAACGCAGGCGGAACCAGAGGAGAGCGAGAGGGCGAGGGCACCUACUACUGUGGCACCACAAGUAACCGAGCCUACAGAUGAAUGCAUGGAUGUUGAGGCGUUGACAUCCGGGGAGCCUCUGUCGGGGCCGCCGCCCGCAGAGGAGGGGACGAGUGAGAGAGACCCACUACGAGAGGCCCAGGAGGUGCGGGCAAGGAGGCCAUCAGGAGAGACGAAAGAAGAAAAGCACGCGAGAGUGCAGAUUUGGGACAGCUAUGAGGGUAAGAGGGAUGCUGUUCGCCUAAGGUCACGAGAGGCAGGACAGGAGGAUGCGAGGGUGGACGAGGUACGAGAGACAGGGGACCUGUGGUUUUCAGCCACCAAGAUGGCGAUCGAGCGCACAGAUAGGAGGAUACGCGAGGUGGCGGUCUCGUCCUUUCAGCAGUAUUCCAUGCUCAGCAAUGAGUUGGCGGCCUCGAGGUUAGAGGUGGAACAAUUGUCCACCCAGUUGGAAGAAGAGAGGGCAGAGAACCAAGCAUGGAGGUCCCGCAUGGAAGCCAAGGAGGCAGAAUGGGAGAAGAGGCUUCAAGAUAUGGCGGCGAUGGUAGAGAGGCUCUCGGCCACUAAGGUGGUCGACUGGACCGAGCAGAGCCGGUAUGGCAUUCAGGGGAAGGAGGUGCAGGGACUUUUUGGCCAGGAAGGGAUGACAGAGCCACCUCAGGAAGGAGAAAUGGGGAAGGUAUUCUUGGACCCAACGGAGGUGGCAGCAAGGCGGGAGGCCGAAGAGGGGAGGUUCAGCUUCAGGACCCCCACGGAGUUGGCCUCGCCACAGGCCACCCUUAUGACGUUUGAGAUCCCUGAAGACGAGCCGGCGCAGAGACCCCGACCUCAUGUGGCGGGAGGAGGCCCCGCAGAGGGGUCCCCUACAAUACUUUUGGAGGUACAGGAGGGUGCCCUUACGGGAGCAGUAGCAUCCACUGAGCCUGAGGCGAUGGAGGGAGAGGCAUCUCAACUAGAUGCGCUAGUGGCGGCUAUGGAGCUGGACAUGCCGUCGGGAGAGCCUCAGAGACAGGAGACCCCGAAGCGUGUACGAGAGAUGGGGGAACAGAGGACACAGUUAGGCUCCUGGGCUACUGGGGCUGACUCAUGGGAGUACAUCUCAUAGCAGCAGCACGAGGUUAUGAGGGGGGCCGUGUUCCCUAUGUUGUCCCAUAGGGAGCUGAUAAACAUCUCUGAAAGUG